GAGCAUUUCAUUUCAUUUCAUUUGUAGUGUCAAGUGUGUGUCAGUGUGUGUCAGCUCAAAGAAGAAAAUGAAGGUGGGGGGUGGAGUGGUGUAUGGCGGGCCACGUGGCACCGCUCUGCCCACUCUACUUCUUGGUCACGGCAGGGCUCGCCUUCGCUGCUAUUCUUCCUCUCCAACUCCAGACCAUAUAACGUUCAUAAAGGAUGUGGCAGCGACUCAGCCUCCACAGCAUUUGUGUCACUUGUUAAGAAUGCUUAAGACUAAAGGUGAAUCCAUUUUGUCUCCUGGGGCCAAGCAAGGGUUAAUCCCCCUUGCCAUUCCACUGUCAAAAAACAGCUCUGGAACUGUAACUGCUCUACUGAGAUGGCCUACAGCUCCACCUGGCAUGGAGAUGCCGGUGGUGGAAGUCAGAAAGCAUGGAGUGUGGCUUUUAGCCAAGAAUGUAGACCAAUUUAUAAACAGACUCCUAGUUGAAGAAGAUGCCAACAAAUCUCCAGAAAUGAAGAACGAGCUAUUUCAAGCUCCAGCAGAUGAUGGGGAGAAAUUUUACAGAAAGGGUGACUAUGCCAAGUCUCAGAUCUCAAAUCUAGAUGUCUACCUCUUAAGAAAGGUUGGUUUGUUUCCAGAUAUAUUAGAGCGUAAAGUGAUGCGGCAUUUUGAGGAAGGGGACCAUGUUUCAGCUAUGGUAACUGGAGAAUUUUAUACCAAGAAGGAGCAUUUUCCAGGAUUUGCCCGGCCAUUUGUUUUCAAUGCAGAGCUUUUGCUGAGGGUUGGGCGUAAUCUAGAAGCGAAAGAUGCUGCCAGGGGAGCUUUAAAAUCACCAUGGUGGACUUUGGGCUGUAAAUACCAGGAAGUUGCAGAAAUAGCACAAUGGGAGGAUGAGCAGAUCGAGUACUUUAAGGAGAAGGUGACAGAAGAGGGAAAGCGAGAAGAUCUUAAGAAGGGAAAGGCACCUGCUCAGGUUGCGUUGGAUGAAGCUGCCUUUUUGUUGGAUUUAUCCUCUGUUGAAGGGACUUGGGACGACUCUGUGGAUCGGAUUGCUGAAUGUUAUAAAGAGGCUGGACUCCCUGAUGUUGCGAGAUUUGUACUAUACAGAGAUUGAGUAUGAACAAAGAGGGACUUGUGUCCAUCUUCUCUCCUUUCUUAUUCUUUUUGAGGAAAAAAAAUUAUCUAAAGCCUUUUUUCUGUAAGCUAUCCAAUAUACCAUAUAUGAUUAAAAUUUAGAUGUCAUUUUUGUUUCUGAAUGCAAAGGGGAAUCAAAAUAUUGAAAUAUUUUCGAA